UUGAUCCCCGCUACUUUCCGUAGUGUAGGAGCGUACGUCACAAAUAACAAGUAUGGCGGCGUACCCUGGGACAGAACCGUCGGGUGUAUUGGGAGAGACACAUUAAAAGGCUGGUUAUGACAACGAUUUCUGAACGUAUACUGUUGUCGUCUGUCAAGUAGGUGUGAGAAACUCAAAACCAUUUUAACACAGUGAAAGAUGGGAUUAGAGCGUCUGCUGUGCGGGGCGCUGGAGUUUUACUCCAGACAGUUUCGACUCGUUAACAUUCAGCCCAAAGUCAGAGUCUUUCGAAACUCGUCCAUGUCGGCACAGACCUCACCGAGCAGCGGCCUUUCCAACUGGGUUACAUGUAUUUCGGGACUGUGCAGUAGGACAUUCGUCCACACAAGGUGCCGCGGUGCCGCUCACAGACCGCUGGCAGACCGCCGCAGCCUCUCCACCUCCUCCCAGCCCUCCAGAGAUGUCACUCUAUUCGAGCACGACAGGACCGGCUUCUUCCGCCUCCUCUCGGUCUUCUGCGGCGGACAGUUUAUCUUCUGGACGUACCUGGCUCACUUCGCAUACACCGGGCUCAGAAACACAGGGGGCGCUACAGAGGAGGGGAAAGCCGAGGCGUCCAAAGCCGCCACCACCACCACCACCGGCCUGGCUGGGAUGUGGAGUUUUGAGAUGAACCUGGGGUCAGACACCUGGAGGUACGGCUUUACGCUGGGAUGCCUCGCAAUAGGAGCAGGGAUAGUCGGGCUCGGAAAUCUGUUUUGCCGUCGCUCUGUAAGCCAGGUGGUUUUACAUCAAGGGGGGAGGAUGGUGACACUCUGCACCCAGUCACCUUUGGGACCAGGCCAAGGCCGGAGAAUAACAGUCCCACUGUCCGAGGUAGCCUGUCACGUUCACAGACAGCAGUCCCCCUCAUUCAUCCCCCUCAGGGUCAAAGGACACAAGUUCUACUUUCUCUUGGACAAAGAAGGGAGGCUGAACAACGCUAGGCUGUUUGAUAUCACUGUUGGGGCAUACCGGCAAGUUUAAGUUGGGGUUUCCGAAACUCUGUUGAGCACCAGAAACCAAUGGUCAACAGAUCUGACUUUACAUAACUACGGCAUGCCAGUUUCUGUUUGAUUGUUUGUCUACACUUAAAUAAAAUCUACAAGAUCCAGAGUA